AUGCUCAGAAAUAACGCCUUUCUCAAUAUAAGGGCGAUAAUAAGGGAAGCCCUGCUUCUUAAGGGUAUAUUUCCUUCACACAGCUCAACUGUGCUGAUUAGCGUCCGACAUUAUAGGAGAAAACGACAAACCGAUACGAGUAACGAGCCGCCGCCACCGCCCACUACAGUAGCGCCGGUCAUCCAACUUCGCCCAUAUCAACAAGAAUGUAUCCAAGCAUGUGUGGACAAAUUACUCAAAGAAAACGUUCGUAGACAAGCAGUAUCGCUUCCUGUUGGUAGUGGUAAAACGGUGAUAUUCUCGAAUUUAAUCCAGAAAAUACCACCCCCACAACCGGAUGUCACUAAGGUUUUAGUAAUAGCACAUCGACAAGAAUUACUUCAUCAAGCCUACAGACAGAUCAGUUCUCAUGUAGCAGACAAGGGACUGGUUGUUGAGAUUGAUCAGGGUAGUAAAGUAGCAAAAGGUAAUGGUGAUAUUAUCAUUGGGAGCGUGCAGACAUUAGGUCGACCUUCAACUCUUAGACUUGCCAAGUACAACCCCGACGAAUUCAAAGCUAUUAUUAUUGAUGAGGCCCACCAUGCUACGGCAGCUAGCUACCGGCGUAUUCUCGAGUAUUUCAAGGCUGAUACCAAAGACAGUAAAGUUUUUGUCUGGGGGUGUUCUGCCACACUAUGCCGUUUUGAUGGAAUAGCUCUCAGCAGUGUCUUCGAUGAGAUUACGUUUCAUCGUGACUUUUUAGACAUGAUCAAAGAAAAAUGGUUAUGUUCGUUUAGGGUAACAACAGUGAAAACGGAACACGAAAUGCCAAACAUAAAAAAUGCAAACAACGAUUUCGAUGUUAAUUCGUUGGCACAAGCUCUUGAUACUCCGACAAGAAACCAAUUGGUUGUUCAGAUACACGCGUCGCAUGCAAAUGAUCGUAAAUCAACUCUUGUCUUUGCAGUAAACAAAGCUCAUGUAAAUGCACUGACCGAAAUGUUCAGAGAAUAUGGAGUAGAAGCGCACGGUAUAACUUCUGAUACACGAAGUCACAUCCGCACCGAGAUUCUCGAGAGAUUCAAAAGACGUGAAUUUCCCGUAUUGGUCAACUGUGGUAUAAUUACCGAAGGUACAGAUAUUCCGCAGAUUGACUGUGUCGUAAUGUCACGUCCAACUCGGUCACCAGUGCUAUUUACCCAAAUGAUUGGCCGAGGGAUGAGGUUAGCUCCAAAUAAAGAAGAUUGUUUGGUGCUCGACUUUGUUGAUUCUUAUAGAAAGAUACCGGAUAUACAAACAGUGUCAUCACUGUUUGGGAUGGAUCCAAUGACUGACUUUAACAACAAAACGGUCUUUGAAAUUGAGAAAAUGAACGAGGAUGUCAUUCACAAAACCCCGGAGGCGAAUGAAGGGCGAGACUUUCCAUAUACACAAACAAUAAGUGAAUGUGAAAUCACAACAUGGGAUAAUCCAUUUGAAUUUGUAGGUGACUGUUCUGGGGUAGGAUCUUUUCUUCAGCACACUACGAAUGCAUGGGUAAACGUUGGGCCAGACAGUUAUGUGCUUAAUCUAAUUGAUGGAAAGUCACUACGAAUAGAUAAAGGAGGUGAUGGUAUUUAUAGAGCAAACUUUCGAAAAAAAUUUGCUAUUGAUGGGAAACACUGGACAAAGACUGAACCGCUCAAACUUGAAACCGAAACACUAGUAAAUGCUAUACGCGGAUGCGACACCUGGGUGCAAAAUAAUUUUAGUUAUAUGAUAAUAAGUCGAGCUAUGUCGAGAACGGCUCUUUGGAGACGCGAGCCUGCUUCAGAGUCGCAGAAAAAAUGGUUGCGUAAGAGAGCAGAUAAGAUAAAGCAUUGGAAAAAUAAGACUAAUAUUAACUCGAUGACUAGAGGGCAAGCAUCGGACAUGAUCUCGAGGUUGAUAGAUGGACUUGCCAAUAAUUGGACAUUAAAAAUGAAGGAGGACAAAGUGAUUGAGUCACACAAGAUAAAAAAGGCAAAGAAUGAAUUCUUGCGUAAAGGAAGCUUGAGUGAUCUUUCGUUGCCGAACAAUAAUAGUUGA